AAGCAGCAUCUUCGGACACGUCCAACGCCCGCAGCAGCGUGCAGCUCGCUAGACGCGCGUAGCUCCCUAUCUAGAGCGGGAGCACUCGUGCUCCUCCACCUCGCCCCGUCGUCCAGUGAACGACCACGAGACCACCAUUAUGCCGGAGCCGCCAUGGCUACAUCCAUGGAGGAGCUUCGUCUGCACCCGCCUUGAGGCCUCGUCACCGUCCAAAUCACAGCAGAUCACGGCCAGAUCCGUUUGCCUCGCUCUUCCCGACCUUCAUCGGCGCCCGUCGAAGCCCAGCACCGCCUCCUGCGCGCCAAGUUCCGUCGCCAUCUUCCUCCAUGGGCUCCGCUCCAGCUUCUGCAUCGAGCAGAGGAGGACGGCCCCCUGCUCCGACCCCUCGCCGUGGACCGUUGUGCCAGCCCAGCAUGGUAAGGAGGAACCGCUACCUGAUCCCGCGUGCCUGCCAUGGCUCUGCUACUAUUGCAGUCACCAACUCACCGUUCUCCUUGCCCUCGUCGUUGGCAAGAUGACCGUGCGUUCGUGCGUCCUUCGCUAAGCUUGACGUUUUAGCCCUCGUUCUAGUUGUGUAGCAUGUUCGAUUUUUAUCAUUAAUAUUGUGUAGCCGAGUUUGUUUGCUCGGUCGUUGUUCAACUAAGAGAUCUGGGGUUCCAAUCUGAGGUGUUGCAAUAAUUUUUUGCCCUGUUU